AUGUCCAGAUCACUGCGUACGCGUCCUAUGACGCUGUAUGCACAGGACGGUCAACAGCCACUCAUACCGCCCGUCCCCUCCACCGCUGCAUACGCUCACGACACCGCUUCCACAUCUUCAUACUCGCAACAGCAGGCAUCUUUGCGGCAUUCUCGAUACGAUGUCGCCGCCUCUUCUGCAGCUGCAAGCGGUUCUGGCGGCGGAGCGCUGCUCAAAAAGUCCAAGAAGAAGGCGUCCGAGGUCGGCAGCAAUCUCAAAAAGCGUCUUUCGAUGCGCUAUGCCGAACCUACCCAACUCGGUCCUGGCGGGUUCAGCGCCAUCCCUUCCGUUCCGUCCCUCCCGCCGAUGCCCGAGAUCCACAUCGAUGAUCGCCCGCAUCGCGAUAUCGAAGAUGAUGCCUUGCGGCAUGCCAUCGGUGAAGCUUCCGGCGACGUCGGGUACGAUCCGAACGACGAUCAGCUCGACGCCAUUCGCAAAUCCUCCGAUACGCAACGCUCUCGCACCGACAUUUUUAGCAACGAUCCCGCCGUCGAUCUUCACCUUCUCAGCCAGUCCGACUUUGAUCCACAGGCCUACCUUCGUGCCAAACUAUCGCACCAUUCCGAAUCCAGCCUGCGCAACUUCAAGCAGUCGCUUUCCGCUGCCAAGCAGGCUGCCAACGACGAUCUCAAGCGACAGGUGUUCAAGAACUACUCCGAGUUUAUCACUAUCAGCAAGGAGAUCGCGACGUUGGAAAACGAUAUGUUGGAGUUGAAGGAGUUGCUUUCCGAAUGGAAGCAGCUGCCGCAAGCGCUUGAGCUGGACGACUCGUCUUCCACCACCGGCGGCUUUUCCGAUUCUUUCCAUAGAAAAGCCAACGGUGGCGGUGGGAAGGCGAAUCGGAACAGCACCGUCGAUCUGCAACAGAUCUACCGCGCACAAAUCACCUCUCUGUGGGAAGGAAUCGAAGGCUCGCAAAAGUUUUUGCCGUAUACACCGGGACGUCACCUGAUCGCCGAAGCCAGCAGUUUCACCGAACUCAACGCCGCCACGUACAAACCCCAACAGAGCAUCGCCCUUUUCCUGCUGGACGAUCUGCUGCUCAUAGCGACCAGGAGGAAGAGACAGAUGAGCAGCAAGGUCAGGUUGGUCGCCGAGAGUUGUUUCAGUCUGGCCGAGAUUGUGGUGAUCGAUUUGAAGGAUGGAGGGGAUCUGACGAAUGCGAUCAAGAUCAAGCGCGGGAGGGAGACGUACGUGUACAGGACCGAGAGGGGGGAGGAUAAGAGGGCACUGUUGAACGCAUUCAGGAGGGUGGCGGAGGAGUUGGCCAGGAAGAGGAGGAAUGGAGGUGGCGAGGUGGUGGAUGGAAGCAAGAGGCAGUCGACGUUGUUGAGUUCGCCUGCGGGCAAGCAAUUUGCAGCAGCGGCGAGGGGGUUACAUAGCGAACUGUUGACGCCGAUCGGUGAGCUGGGCGAUGCCAUGCGUGACGCAAACGAAGGAGGGAUGAUGGCAGCAGCAGCGGCAUCGGCUGCGUCCGAACGCAAAGAUCCAGGUCGAUGGAACAACGAUUUCGCCGACCAACUCUCGGUCUGCAUCGCCCUACGAGAAUUCGACCAAGCUACAAACCUCAUCGAAAAAGGUCGUGCCGUUCUAUCGACCUACACGUCCACCUCGGAUGUCUCGUGGAUGCAUCUUUCCGCCAAACUCACCUCCCUCACCUCGGAACUCGUCGCUGCCAUCUCGGCGGAUUUCACGCGUCAGAACCUCAAAAAGUCGAUGGUGGUUCGAAAUGCUUCCUUCCUACUACGCUUGGAUCAGGGCGAGAAAGCGCGACAGCUGUUCCUGGAUGCACGAACCGAACUGCUGAAGAAGCGAACGCGACAGAUCAAGUUCGAAGGAGAUACCGGGCUGUACAUCAGCGAGCUGGCCAUGGUGCACUUUACGCUGAUCAAGAACACGUCCGAGUGGUACAUGGCGGCGUUCAAGGAUGGGAGUAUGGCGAGCGGGUUUGUCGAGUGGGCGUGGGAGCGGGUGGAGGAGUACGCGGUGUUGUUCCGGAGGCAGGUUUUUGGUGUACAGCAGGAGCAGAAGGUGGUGGGCGAGAUGAGGGAGAUCAGUUUGAGGUUGGCGGCGCAGUUGAACGAGGUCGGGCUGGAUUUCGGGUUCUUGUUGGAGGGGUUGUUGCAGCCAGAGCCGAGGCCGGUGACGGGCGAGGAGAUGAGAGCGAAGAUACCCAAAUUGGUGUUGACCAGGUCGAGUAGGAUCGGGAUGGAGGCAGAGCAGAUGAAGGAGGAAAGACAAAAACCGAUGGGACCGGGGGAUACGACGUUGGCUCAGGAGUUGCGCAGACAGAGCAUGCUUCAUCUCAAUUAG